CGGAAGAACACAGCGACGGGUCCAAGAAAACCGACGACCAACCGCGCUAGUUACAGUAGCUAGCUGCUGACAGAAUCAAGCCAAAAACGAGUCAAACAGUCCUCAUUAACGCUUAAUUAACUUCUCCUCCAUCCCAUUCUCAUCUCAACAGUCUUCUCUAAAUACCUUCUUCCUCCCCACCCACACAGGAUCCAUCGCCAACAAGAUGGAUCACCGUCCGCCAUUGCCGCGGCUCCUCCUCUUCUCCAUCCUCACAACUUGCUUCAUUUUCCCCCAUCCAACAGCAUCCGCAGCCGUGACAGCAGCAACACCAAGCUGCUCGCCCAAGACAUGCGGCAACGUGAGCAUCAGCUACCCGUUCUGGCUCACCUCCUCCUCCUCCUCCGUCCCCUGCGGCCCGUCGGCGUUCCAAGUCGACUGCCUGAGAAUCAACAACAACAGCAACCUCAUGAUCCCGUCCCUUUCACGCUCCUUCAGGGGCGGCUACAAGAUCCUGAGCAUUUCCUACUCCACACGCUCCCUCGUCGUCUCCAACGACAACGUGCAGACGAACCCGGCCACGGCCGGGUGCCCGGUGCCGCGCAUCGACGUCUCCGCCAGCCUCAGCCUGGCGCCCUUCUCCGCCAGCGCCGGCGCCAACCGGCAGCUCGUCUUCCUCUUCAACUGCACGGCGGCGCCUCCUCCGGCCGGGUUCGUCCCCGUGGCCUGCAACGAGUCCACGCCACGGCCGCUGGUGAGGCUGGACGAGCGCUACGACACGGCGAAGGCGAGGGCCGUGGCCGGGAAGUGCGACUACUCGGUGGUGCCGGUCGUUGGUGGUGGAGGGUCGACGGUUCCGGGGAAGAUGAUCGGCGAGGAGUACCCGAGGCUGCUGAGGGGAGGGUACGUGCUGGAGUGGAGGGCAUCGGCGGGGGACUGCGGCGCCUGCGAGGGCUCCGGUGGCCGCUGCGGGUUCGACGCCGACGCCGACGCCUUCGCCUGCGUUUGCAACGACGGCUCCUCGCGCCCGGCAAGAUGCGGUGCGAAGAAAUCCAGAAACAGAGUCAUCCUGAUAGUGUCAUUGUCGAUCACAGCUGGCUUUCUAUUGGCAUGCCUCGUCAUCGUCUUGAAGUUCCACCGACGAAUUCGGAGAUCCAGUUUACUAUCCAACGUCGUCAUGGACAGAGACGCCCGAGCCGACAACGCCAACGUGGAGAAGCUGCUGCAGAAGUACGGGUCCUUGGCUCCGAGGCGGUACAGGUACUCGGAGCUGAAGAAGAUCACCGGCUCCUUCAAGCACAAGCUCGGCGAAGGCGGCUACGGCGCCGUGUUCCUCGGAACCAUUCCCCGCGAUGGCGGCGGUGGCCGGACGGUGGCCGUGAAGUUCCUGCACGAGUCGACCAAGUCCAAGCCCAAAGGCGAGGAGUUCCUGAACGAGGUGAUCAGCAUCGGACGGACCUCGCACGUCAACAUCGUCACCUUGCUCGGCUUCUGCCUCGAAGGCCCCCGCCGCGCCCUCGUCUACGAGCACUUGCCCAACGGCUCCCUCGACCGCUACAUCUACUCCUCCGACUCCUCCAACAAUGGCGGCAACGGCAGCAUUACUCUGGGGUGGGAGACGCUGCAGGAGAUCGCGGUGGGGGUGGCGAGGGGGCUGGAGUACCUGCACGAGGGCUGCAACACUCGGAUCAUCCACUUCGACGUGAAGCCGCACAACGUGCUGCUGGACGCGGAGUUCCGGCCCAAGGUUGCCGACUUCGGCAUGGCCAAGCUGUGCGACCCUGAGGCGAGCGUGCUGACCAUGGCCGACGCCAGGGGCACCGUGGGGUUCAUCGCGCCCGAGGUGUUCUCCCGUGGGUUCGGGGUCGUGUCGGCCAAGUCCGACGUGUACAGCUACGGGAUGCUGCUGCUGGAGAUGGUCGCUGGACGGAGCAACGUCAAGGCCUACGCCGCCGCCGAGAAGGCGCACGAUGGUGGCCUCUUCUUCCCGCUCUGGAUCUACGACCACUUGCUCGGCGACAAUGGCGUGCUGUUGCUGCAGGAUGAUGUCGGCGCCGGAGACGAGGAUGGCGGGGAGAUGAUCGCGAGGAAGAUGGCGCUGAUUGGGCUGUGGUGCAUUCAGACCGUGCCAGCGAGCCGGCCGGCCAUGAGCGGGGUGCUGGAGAUGCUGGAGAGGAGCGUCCAUGAGCUUGAGUUGCCGCCCAGGCCCUACCACCCUUUGUCUCCCUCGCCGUCGCCGUCGCACUCGCUCCCCUCGAGCUAUCCUUCUUCUACCUCGGCCUUCACUCAACGGUACACAUCUGGACUAUUACUCAUCCAUUUUAAUUGUUCUUGUGCAUCUCUGAAUUGACCACCAAAGAAAUUUGAUGACCACUUAUUAUGCAUGAUCGGUGUAUGUCUUGUUUGACCAGAUCAAGAUCGCUUACACCGGGGAGCACAGUGUAAUUAUUAAGAGAUGGUUUUCUGGUCAAGAGAAGAAGAAGCAGAGACUUGGAUGUCUGAAGAUGACAAAAACCAAAACAUGAUACAAAGUUAGAUGCCGGCCUGUUGUUGUGAUGCGCCACCAAAAAGUUCUUAAUUUGUGUAAAGGAGCAAACGAUUGAGAAAGAACUGUAUAGAUUAACCGAGGUCAAGGUUUUAGCUACCGGGGAUUUGUGAUCGCCGGUGACCACGGCACACGGAAAAUCCUAGAUGUUUACCGAACAGGAAUUCUAAUCAAAUCUUGAAUUUAAUAUUGCACCCCUA